UCAAUGUCAGAUACGAGAUGUGAGUGAGGUUCGAUAUAUUUGCUUUGUAUAAAAGUGUUUGUUGUGUGGAAAAAUCGAUUUUGUAUUUCCUUUUUAACAAUAAUCUCAAAAAAGAUUACGAUGUUUCGUUUUGUAAUUACAAUAUUAUUAAUAAAUACGUGCUAUCGUAGUUUAGGCAAUCCCAUUGGUACCCACACUGUGUACUCGUUAGAUAAUUCGCUCAAAGCUCUUGCAAACCGCUGUGAAAACCAGUUUCUUGUAUCACAAAUCAAGGAGAAGAUUUUGGAAUGCAAUGUAACUGUGCCGCCGUUUAAAAUUAAAGAAAUGCAAUGCUUAAUCUUUUACGAUAUAAAUACCCAGCUCUGCGACGCAAUUGGAAAAUCCAAUUUAAUACAACAAAAUGAUUUGAUAAACAAUCUGAAGAAUGUAAUUAAUUUGGACACGAUGUGCACAAAUUUUACUAAAAAUUGGAAAUUUACAAACUUUCCUGACAUACCCUUGUAUAAAAAGAUAGCUGUAGAUGUUUUCAGUACUAAAAAACGAUGUGAUAAAGUUUGCGAAGUGGCCGACGUUACAAGUGAUGACAGCAACAGCUUUUGUAAAUAUUAUAAAUGGGGUUCAGAGGUAUUAAACAUCAUUCAAUUAAGAGUUCAUGAAUCACAAGUGAAAUCUCCAACUAAUGCGAAAGUACCCGCAGUUCCGGUAGUAACUAGUACAGAAACAAAGGUCGUUGAACCUGUUAUUGCGAACACCACAGUUAUUUCAUCUACUAAAAACAUUAUUCCAAGCUCUAAUGAUGAAAUUAAAGAUGCCAAUCCUGCUAGGCCUGAAACUUCUAAAGUAAAUCUUCAACCUGAAAUCAAAGAACUAAAGGAACCUAAUCCUAAUUUUGUAGAUCAAAAAUCUAUUGAGCUAUCUGCUAUAAAAGUAAAUGAGGGUGUGAAGAAAACAAUUGAACCUACUGUACCUAAAACUGAUGAAGCGGUAACUAAUAUUGAAAAGUCAACAGUUGUUCAGAAAACUAAAGUAUCAGUCGAAUCUGAUGAUGAUAAAACAAUAUUGGAAGAAGAGCAACCUCCUAAAAAAGUGGAUGUUGAAAAAGAAGAUCAGCUCCUAAACAAUCAGAUAAAAGACAAAGAGUUUAAUGAAGAUAUUGAAGAUGAUAUGGAUUCCGAAGAAGAUGAAAAACCCGAGCUUCAAGAUAAUUCCGAAAUAAGCAUUGGUCAAGGAGAUAAACAAAUUGUUGAGGAAAAACCAAAGGAUAAUCUUAAAAGUAUUGCCCCAAUAAUAACAGCUUAUGGAGAUAAAUCUGGAGAAUUCAUUUCCAAGAUGCCACAAGAUGAGUUUGCGGAAGAUGAUGAUCAUUUCUUCCCAUUCUUCUUAACGGCAGUGAUUAUUGUGGUCCUGCUUUACGUCUUGUAUCAUAACAAGAGCAAAUUUACUAAAGUGGUAUUAGGUUUGAUAAUAGAAGGUCGUCAGUCAGGUCGCCGCAGGAACAGUCGCGGACACGCGUACCGCAGACUGGACACACUGGAGCAGGCUAUGAGCACUAACAGCCCCGCACCUCCCAGUAAAAUUAUAUAUUAAAAACAUUAAUAUUUCACACUAAUAAGAGUUAGUAGACAUUUAUGCCAACUUUACCUUUCUACUCCAUACGGAAAGUUCUAGAUGUUCUAAUUCUAUCUAUGAAUUACAAGUUAGUGGAAAUGUAUGAAAAAUUAUAUGACCUACUUAAUGUCGAGAUCUCUUGUACUGUUAGUGUAGCUUAAAGCUAUCUGUGAACUUUUAUUGUGGUAUAAGGGCCGACGUACACGUAUUGGAAUGGUCAAAGUAACAGAUUUGUUACGACUUAUGACUAAACUGCGGUCCGUGUAUGGCGACUUAAAGGUUAGUGUAUGUCGGCCCUUAAAUAUGAAAAUUGUACGUGUACUUCUUAAAAGAAGUGUUACUCGGUGCGAUUUUUCAUUUGCAGCUUUGUUGAGUAUGUAAUGUACUUAUUUACUGAUUUAAAUCACAAUUCUUGUAUAUUAAUUUCUUUAUGUACUUGUCUAUAUACUUGUGCAGGUGAAAAACACACAAAAGAGCGUUUUGUGGCAAUACUUGAGUCAUUAUUUACUUACGAGUUUGAUUGUUCUCGUUUGUCGGUGUUAAUUUUUGUUUGUGAAUCUGUUUGUGUACUAGAUAUGAUGAACAUUUUCUUAAAGAUAAAUUUCGAUAUUCGUUUUUCGAUACUGUUUUUUAUAAAGAAUUUCUCUUGAAAUUUAUAAAACUUUACUCGCACAUUAUUUUAAGAAUUGUGAUGUAAAUCUGAUAUUCCCUAUGAAAUUCGAUUUUGAUUAGAAACCUUUUAAAAUCCAACAUACGUAAAAUCCUGUUCAUGUUAAAAAUAUGGUAUGUUUAAUUGGAUGGAUUUUAGUUCAUAUUUUUAAAUUUUCGCCAAAUCUUUUUUUUUUCAAUAAUUAAAUUUAACAUAUUAAAGUAAAUAAGUACAAUAAUAAGGGUAGAAAUCUUCAUUAUAAUGUUUAACUGUUUAAUAAUAUUAAAUUCACUUUAGCACUUGUAAUAUUUCAUCCAAUUGUUUUUUUAACUGUGUAUUGUAAUUUUAAGAUUUUUAUUUAUUAUACAAAUUAGCCACUUGGAAAAUUUUACUGUCCUGAUUCAAUGUGGAUCUCAAUGUGCAGUAAUUAACGAAAGUAAAAUUUCUAAACGGAUUAA